UGGUAAGGCACAUAACUUUCCCAAUUGACAUGAAUGACAAAAUUUAUUUCAUUUGAUUUAACUGGCAAUUUACAUUCUUUAAUAACAUAAUCUAAAGUUUUUACUGAUGGAUGUCCUAGUCUCCUAUGCCAAAUAGCUCUUGAUUCAAUGACAUUGAUCCUAACUCCUGAUAGAAUUAAGGCAGUCGACUUGUUAUUUUUGUACAGAGCAGAUCCUCGACCCUUGGUAUUUUCUUGUAUCACUUCAGCCCCUUGUAGUCUGUAUGACCCUCUGUCAAGCUCCCCUUUCAGCAAUGUUCUUCCCUUAUCCUUGUCCUUAAUGACACAACAACCAGCAUUAUCAUGAGCUAACUUUGAUAUACUAAUCAGAUUCUUUGCUUGUUAGGCACACACAUGACAUCAUUCAAAAUAAAUUCAUUCCUUCCAUCAGAUAAGAAAGAUUGACCAGUCUGAGAUAUGUGUAAUUGUUCACCAUUACCUAUAGUGACCAGUUCAUUACCUCCAUACUCGGUUGGGUUGUUGAUGUUGUUAUAGUCUGGAGUGACAUGGUUGGUAGCCCCACUGUCAAUGUACCAAUUCGAAUCUGUUAAUGUCUCUGGUGUGGCUAUGAAGGGGUUGAAGGGUUGAGCUGACGUGAACAGGGCAAUAGUGUUUGUUUUGGAGUCGACUGACCCUUUAUUUUCUCUGCCUUGUCCAGUACUCUGUGAGUAUUCUUUGUCAAAACGAUGAUAACAUACCGGGGCUGAAUGACCGUACUUCCCAUACACUUGACCUGUUGGUCUGUUUGAGUUGUUGCAACCUCUUCCUCGACCACGACCACCUCCUUGUCCAUUAAAUGGAUUAUGAUUUUUGUUACUGCCUUUGGAGUUGUUCCCCUACUAUCAACUUCCAUUGAAUAAGGGAUUGAAGUGUGGCUUACCUCCAUUUGUAUUCCUGUUAAAUGCUACAUUGAUAGAAGGUUUUUGUGCAAAGGAACUAUGUAUUUUGAUAGAGUUUUGGUGCUACAGUUGUUUUUCAUAGGAUAGCAAUUCAGACUGCAUAUCUAACCAAGAAAUACCUAGUUUACCUUGGAUGUCUAUGACAACAGGGUUGAUUCUUCAUCUUGACCAAGAAGAACUUGUGAGAUGAGGGCUUUUGUUGAAACACGACUGCCUACCUGUGCAAGAUUUUCAGAGUGCAUCUUCAUCAAUUUGAGGUACUCACUCAUUUUCUAGCCACCUUUUCUUGUCUGUUGGAAUAGUUGUCUUAAGUAGUCUUCUUCAGCUCUUGAUUGAACUCCGAAUAGUUCCUGAAUAGCUUGCCACAGCUCCUUGGCAUUCUCAUAUCCCAUGAGUUGCACCGCUACAUCUGGUGCCAUUGAGUUGUAAAGUCAUCCCAACAAUAGUUGAUCGACUGCAAGCCAAGCUUCAUAUUGCGGAUUGAGUGAUCGUUCCUCUGAUGAACUUUCUUUGUCAUCGCUUACCAUUUGAGAACUAGAUGUCUCUUCAGAAGUGGUUGGGAUGAACAUCGGUGGGCAUGGUAUCUGAUCUAAGUGGUGUCCUUCGAGCUUGUAGCUUCGGAGGAUCGGCAGUGCAAGGGUCUUCCACAGCAUGAAGUUCCCAUAUUUGAGUUUCGUGGUGGUGAGUUGAUUCAAGAAUUGGUUGAGAGGUGGUGUGGUAAACUUUAUAGGUUUAGCGGAGGAGCUGUUUCCGUUGAACGUAGCGUCGGCCAUGUUGGCUCUGAUACCAAGUUGAAGAUGAAGGUUGCUGGGAAUUUCUCAAGUCCUUUGGACUUCCCUUUUUCCCUUGUAUAUUGUAUUUCCAAUUAAUCAAUAAAUGCUACAACGCUAUUUCCUUUAUACAAAGCUUGUCCUAGUUUGUUACAAUAGUUAUUAUACAAGGAAUGAGAAUAAUAGCACUACAUGAUAGGUGAAUGGCAAAACAAAUUCUUAACUAAAUGGUGACUCACCUCCCUCUUCUUCCACCUUUGCUUUACCUUUUCCACUUCUAGUUUCUUUUCUAACGACCCAUGUCCUUAAAUGAACCUGGAGACUUAUAAAAACGACACUUUCCACUCCCCAUUUCUCUUCAUCAACUCGCCAUUUUUUAAAGCAGAGAAAAAUGUCGGCAGAGUCGCAACCGCCUUGCCAUGUCUUCCUCCUCACAUUCCCUUCCCAAGGCCACAUGAAUCCCACGCUCCGCCUUGGCAAAAAACUCGCUUCCAAAGGCCUUUACAUCACCAUCUCCACCACCCUCGACUUUGGCCUCAGCCUCAUAAAUGCCGGAAGCAUCGGCCAGCUCCCCUCCCCCGUUGGCUCUGGUUUCAUCAACUUCCAUUUUUGGAACGACGGCUGGGAGAAAGACGACCUCAGGCGUAGGGAUUUGGAUUUAUUUAUGCUGCAGCUCGAGCUCACUGGCAAGGCAGCGCUGACUCAAACCCUCAAAGACCGUGCCGGAGAGAAUCGCCCUGUUUCUUGUCUCAUUGGAAACCCUUUUCUUCCUUGGGGAUGUGAUGUAGCUAACGAUUUUGGACUCCCCUGUUUUAUUCUCUGGGUUCAAUCUUGCUCUGUUUUCUCCAUUUAUUAUCAUUACUCUUGUAAAUCUGUGGAUUUCCCCUCUGAAUCCAACCCCUGUUGUGAUAUUCAAUUACCCUCGCUCCCACUGUUGAAGCACGAUGAAAUCCCUAGCUUCUUGCAUCCUUACGGCGAGUACAAGGCAAUUGGUCUGUCGAUUCUGCAGCAAUUUCGAAACGUAUCGGUCCCAUUUUGUAUCUUGAUGGACACUUUCGAGGAGCUUGAGAAAGACGCCAUUGAUCAUAUGAUGACGAUAUGCCCUGUGAAGCCGAUUGGUCCUCUGUUCAAGACGUUGAAAUUCUCUGACGAAAAAGGGGCUUUGUCCGGCGAUUUCAUGAAGACGGAUGAUUGCAUCGAGUGGCUUGACUUGAAGCCACCGAACUCGGUGGUUUAUAUUUCGUUUGGUAGUAUUGUUCAUUUGAGUCAGAAACAAAUCGAGGAAAUGGCUCACGGGCUCUGUAAUUCUGGGUUUCCGUUCUUAUGGGUGAUGAAGCCUCUGCCAAAGGACAUGGCGGAUUGUUUAGGAUUGAAACCGCAUGUUCUUCCAGAUGGGUUUUUAGAGAAAGUAGGGGAAAGAGCUAAGAUUGUGAAAUGGAGUCCACAGCAGAAGGUUCUGUCUCAUCCUUCCAUUGCUUGCUUUGUUACUCACUGUGGAUGGAAUUCAUCGGUGGAGGCUCUAAGCUCCGGCGUGCCGGUGCUGGUGCUGCCGCAGUGGGGGGACCAGGUCACCAACGCUAAGUUCUUAGUGGAACAAUUCGGAGUCGGGCUCCGGUUGACCAGAGGCGUGACGGAGAUGAGAUUGGUGGUGAGAGAUGAGUUUGAGAAGUGUCUUAGAGACGCCAUUGUUGGGCCUAAAGCAGAGGAGCUCAGAGAAAACGCCUUGAAAUGGAAGAAGGCGGCGGAGAAAGCGGCGGUGGAAGGCGGGUCCUCGGAGACUUACGUCGAUGAACUCGUCAGCAAGAUAAAAAAGCAGUCUGGAAAUGCUAUGGACGUCCAAAUCAAAUCAAUGUGUUCCAUCGUUUGACAAAUGAGAUAAAAGAAAUGUUUAAAUUUCUUAUGAAAAAAUCUUGAGCAUUAAUGUCGGAAUUCCCACUGAAUUUUAGAUUAUGGGUUAUUUUUAUUCGGCUUUUUUUUUGUCGUUCUCAUUUAAUAAACUGGUGUAUUCUACUCAUUUUUAUAUGUGUUUGCAACUGAGACAGUUUGUAGUUUGAAUCUUGUACCCGUAUCUGUACUAUUUAUUG